AUGGCACCUAGAUUGCCUCCCCCUCCUCAGCCGAGUGAACCUGAUGCUUCCAACAACUCUAGAUUGUUGGAGAACAUCAUUGAGAGACUCCAACAACAAAAUACCACAUUGAUGGAACAAAAUGCCGCGUUAGUGCAGCAAAACCAAACAGCCAUGCAAGGUUUGGAAGCUUCACGUGCUAGCUCGGAAACAACUCAACGUCAGCUGAUGGAGAUUCUAGCAACAACAAGGCACACUGCGGGAGCGUCUUCUUCCAACGCUGCCCCGCCUGCAGCUGAAUGGAGCUUGGAGAGUUUUCUCCAACACCAUCCGGCUAAGUUCAGUGGGAAAGGUCUCCCAGAUGAAGCAGAUCAGUGGUUAAGGGAUAUCGAGAAGAUUUUCAAUGCCAAGAGAUGCCCAGAUGAGAAUAGAUUAUCGUACGCGGAGUAUUUAUUGACGGGAGAAGCAAGUCAUUGGUGGACGAGCGCGAGAGCCAUUCUCGCAGACGCACGACAACCGGUCACUUGGGAAGUGUUUAGGGCCAAAUUUUAUGAAGAAUAUUUUCCGGACAGCGUUCGGUUUGCGAAGGAAGUAGAAUUUCUACAACUGGUUCAAGGAGGUAUGUCUGUUUCCGAAUAUACCAAUAAGUUCAAACAUCUCGUCAGAUUCAAUACCAUGGCCACAAGUGAAGUAUGGCAGUGUAGAAAGUUUGAAAACGGAUUGCGGAGCGACUUGAAAGUGUUGAUAUCCAGUUUGUGUAUCCGAACGUUCCCUGCUAUGGUUGAGAGAGCCAAGGUCCUGGAGAGGAACAUGGCAGAAGCGGAACGUCAGAAGAGGUCGCAACAAGUGAGUCGAGGACCAAUCGUGUCCAGGGGAGGUGCUGUACAGAGGAGACCUCCUUACGCUCGUCCGAAUCAGUCUUCCCAGACGAGCGGAUCUCAAGUAGUGGUUCCUGUCGGACAGUCUGGACAGGGAGGUGUAGUUUGUUUCCGUUGUGGAGGGCCUCAUUAUAGGUCUUCCUGUCCUCAAUUGGUGGGAGUAAAGCAGUGUAAUCGUUGCGGAAGAAACGGGCACUUGGAUCACGAGUGCAAUAUGAGUGGGCGUGCGGUGAUGAGGCCACCCAAUGCUGGAAGGAAUCAGGCGAGAGGAGGACGAGCCCAAGCAAUUGGGCGAGUAUAUGCUAUAACGAGCGCGGAGGCAGCGAGCUCAGCGAAGGAGUUGGUCUUCCCUGGUGAAGAAGAAGAAGUUCUUUCAGUGACGCUCGGUCAGCUGAAAGAAGAUAUUAUGGAAGGCGCCAGCUGUUUCCUGAUUAUGACUCACGAGGAUCAAGGAUCCAGAGAAAUGGUGGAAGGACGAUCAUCCACUAGAAACGGUAAUGGACGGUCGGUUGUAGACGAGUUUGCGGACGUUUUUCCGGAAGAGAUCCCUGGACUUCCCCCUCAGCGUGAAGUGGAGUUCACAAUUGAUUUGGUGACCACAGCGGCUCCCAUCUCGGUUCAGCCGUAUAGGAUGUCGCCUGCGGAGUUAGCUGAGCUAAAGGAGCAGAUUGAGGAGUUGAUAGAGAAGAAAUUCAUUAGGCCGAGCGUUUCACCGUGGGGAGCGCCCGUGCUGUUAGUGAGAAAGAAGGAUGGCAGCUCUCGGUUAUGUAUUGACUACAGGCAGUUGAAUAAGCUGACCAUCAAGAACAAAUACCCGUUGCCAAGGAUUGAUGACUUGUUGGAUCAACUGCAUGGGGCAACGGUGUUCUCUAAGAUUGAUUUGCGUUCGGGAUAUCACCAAAUCAGAGUGAAGGAGGACGACAUCCAGAAGACUGCUUUCAGGUCACGUUAUGGGCACUAUGAAUAUGUGGUGAUGCCUUUUGGGGUAACGAACGCUCCAGCCGUGUUCAUGGAGUACAUGAACCGCAUAUUCAAGCCUUAUUUGGACGAGUUUGUGGUUGUCUUUAUAGAUGAUAUUCUCAUCUAUUCCAAGACCGAAGACGAGCAUGAAGAACACCUUAGACUGGUACUUGGAGUGUUGCGAGAGAAAGAACUAUAUGCCAAGUUGUCUAAAUGCGAAUUCUGGAUGAAGGAGAUUCAGUUUUUGGGUCACGUGGUGUCGGCUGGAGGCAUCUCAGUGGAUCCAGCGAAAGUGCGAGCGGUACUAGAUUGGGAGAGUCCGAGUUCGGUCACGGAAGUACGCAGUUUUGUUGGACUGGCGGGCUAUUACAGACGUUUCAUUGAAGGUUUUGCUAAGAUAGUAGCGCCGCUAACUCAAUUGACCCGUAAAGAUCAGCCUUUCGCUUGGACCGAUCGUUGUGAAGCCAGUUUUCAGGAGUUGAAGGUGAAGCUGACGAGCGCCCCGGUGCUGGUUAUUCCGGAUACGUCUAAACCGUUUGAAGUCUAUUGCGACGCUUCUCAUCAAGGUCUGGGAUGUGUUUUGAUGCAAGAGAGGCGAGCGGUAGCGUAUGCAUCUCGGCAGCUGAGGAUUCACGAGAGGAAUUACCCAACGCACGACCUGGAGUUGGCAGCGGUCGUUUUUGCACUGAAGAUCUGGAGGCAUUUCUUGUAUGGAUCCACGUUCCAAGUCUUCAGUGAUCACAAGAGUCUCAAGUACCUCUUUGAUCAGAAGGAGUUGAAUAUGAGACAGAGGAGGUGGCUUGAGUUCUUGAAGGACUAUGAUUUCGAGCUGCUCUAUCAUCCCGGAAAAGCAAACGUGGUAGCGGACGCUCUAAGCAGAAAAGUGGUGCAUAUGUCGUCUAUGUUGGUACGCGAGCUGAGCUUGGUAGAGAGUUUCAGAGAUCUAAGGCUACAAUUUGAGUUAGAAUCAAGCAGUAUCAAGUGUUGUACCCUUAGCAUAUCUAGCGACGUGUUUGAUCGGAUUAGGAUGAAGCAACGCGAGGAUGAAGAGCUGGAAGCUCAUCAUAGCCGUCUUAGCAUGCACCCUGGCAUGACUAAGAUGUAUCAAGACCUCCGGAAAUCGUUUUGGUGGCCUGGAAUGAAGGGUGAUGUCGCUCGUUUCGUGGCAUCAUGUCUAACCUGUCAACGAGCGAAGGCAGAAUAUCAAAGACCUGGCGGAUUACUUCAACAGUUGGAAAUUCCCGAAUGGAAGUGGGAUAGCAUCUCCAUGGACUUUGUGACUCAUCUACCACGAACGGUUAGGAAUCAUGAUUCAAUUUGGGUGAUCGUGGAUAGAUUGACUAAAAGCGCUCACUUCUUGGCCGUGAAUCUGAAGAUGUCCAUGACAAGUUUGGCCAAGUUGUAUAUCAAGGAGAUCGUUCGUCUUCAUGGAGUGCCUUCAAAUAGAUUGAGGACGUCCUUGAGCAGGCAGAAAUCCUAUGCGGAUAGAAGAAGAAGACCAUUGGAGUUUACUGCAGGAGAGCAUGUGUUCCUUCGACUAAAUCCAGUCACUGGUGUAGGACGAGCCAUUCGUCCAAAGAAGCUGUCUCCCAAGUUUAUUGGACCCUACCAGAUAUUGAGGAAGAUCGGACCAGUGGCGUACGAGCUUGCGUUGCCACCUCAACUAUCCAACCUUCAUCCUGUUUUCCACGUCUCUCAACUUCGAAAGUAUAUAGCAAAUCCGUCACACGUACUGGAGUUAGAAGACAUUCAACUACGUCCAGACCGAACGUUAGAACUGCAUCCAGUCCGUGUUGAAGAUAGCCGCACCAAGUACUACAAGGGCAAGGACGUUCGUUUGGUGAAGAUGGUGUGGGACGCUAAGACUGGAGAUUCAACGUGGGAAGUGGAGAGUGCAAUGAGGGACUUGUAUCCGCAACUAUUCACGGGUAAGUUCUAA